UAUGUCAACAAACAGGUGAUUGAAUUAAACAAGAUUAACGAAGAAAACCGGAACAGAACAAUGAGGAGCGUGAAGACUGAGACCCAUCUCUCAGAUGGAAGACUAAGACUCUACAGGAUGGCUGCUGUGUGUUUAGGAGUGCUGUGUGUUCUACAAGUCACUCUCAACAUCUCCCUGAGACUGGCUUUCUAUAAUAGAGGCAAUGUGACUGCAGAGAACGACCAGCUACAGACCAGUUACAACACCCUGACUGAAGAGAGAGAUCAGCUACAAACCAGUUAUAACACCCUGACUGAAAAGAGAGACCAGCUACAGACCAGUUACAACAUUCUGACUAAAAAGGGAGACCAGCUACAGACCAGUUACAACACCCUGACUAAAGAGAGAGGCCAGCUACAGACCAGUUACAACACCCUGACUAAAGAGAGAGACAAGCUACAAACCAGUUACAAUGCCCUGACUAAAGCGAGAGACCAGCUACAGACCAGUUACAACACGCUGACUAAAGAGAGAGACAAGCAAAAGAGGGAGAACAAUGAUCUCAUGGCAAAGUUCUCUAAUCUGAAACAAACCUAUCCUGAAGGCUGGCAGAUUAAGUUGGAAUCCAGUUGGUACUUCCUGUCUACUGUGAAAAAACCCUGGAGGGAGAGCAGACAGGACUGUCUGCAGAGAGGAGCAGACCUGGUGAUCGUAAACAGUGAUAAGGAACAGGAGUUUCUCUUUGGCCUUACUAAGGGAGCCUGGAUUGGUCUGACUGACUCUGUUACUGAGGGGACCUGGAAAUGGGUGGACGGCACACCACUGACCACCCCAAGUUACUGGUACACACAGCAGCCUGAUAAUGGUGGUGACAACCCAGCAAAUGGGGAGGAGGACUGUGUUGAGCUGAACACAGAAACAUGGCGUCCUGCAAAGGCAUGGAAUGACCAGUCAUGUUUACACAAUCGUUACUGGAUCUGUGAGAAAGUGGUUUAACAUCACCGUGACAACAGAGGAGGCUGGUGGGAGGAUGUGCACACAUACAGCACCUACAGUGAACACAACUUCAUUCUCUCUCUCUCUCUAAGACACACACACAUACAGCACCUACAGUGAACACAACUUCAUUCUCUCUCUCUCUCUAAGACACACACACAUACAGCACCUACAGUGAACAUAACUUCAUUCUCUCUCUCUAAGACACACACAUACAGCACCUACAGUGAACACAACUUUCUUCACUCUCUCUCUCUAAGACACACCAACACACUGUAGGAACUGUACUGAGGGGCAAAACAACCUGAUAAUGGUUGUGAACCAGGAGAAACUGUAACUAGGACUGUGCUGAUGUUAAUAUUGGGUUUUCUGAGCCUGUAUAUAAAUAUUCUGACAUAUCAUUUACCUCUCAACAUAACAGGAUUUGUGAAGAGUUAUGCAGCAUCUCAUUAUAUGAUAGUGCUACAGUGCUAAUGCCUCUCUCUCUAGUUAAACAGUGUGUAGACAUACUGUCAUCUGUAAAAUUAUUGUAUUCUGUCAGGAUUUGGCCAGGAUUGUUCAGGUUCAGGUUUUAGAUGCCCCCAUUGUGCUUUUUUGACCCUUUUGUUUUUUCCCUUGUUCCAGUUAUUAUUUGCACCUGUGCCUCAUUUCCCUUGAAAGUAUUUAAACCCUUAGUGUUCCUCAGUUCUUUGCUCUGUGUUUGUAUGUUAGCACCCAGCCCCAGCCAUGCUGUGAACUUUUGUUUCUCUAGUUGGAUUUUCUUGAGGUACUCUGGUUUUGUUCGUGUUUAUUUUUGAUUAUUCUUUUGAGGUUUGUUUUUUCCCUGCUGUUCUUACCACUUUGUGGAUUUUUCCUUGUGUCUUGGAGGAUAUACAUUUUUUCUCUUGGAAUUACUUUUGACGUUGUGGAUUUAUAUUUUUUGCCUGAAGAUCUUUUCCUUUUUACUUUAUUAAACCACCGUCUCUAGUACUGCUGUGUCUGCCUCAUCUUCUGGG